GGAGUGGGCUGUGAUCGGUGUCCGUGUCCCCGGGGAUCCCCAGCGUUGCCAUGUCCGAGGUGCUGCCCUUCAGUGAGGCCGAGCAGCGGGGGCACUACGCGGACGGAGGUGGGGACAUGGCCGGACAGAUCCCCCUCACCUGCCGCCUGCAGGACACCGGCAACUUCUACGGCAGCUCGGGGCAGGGGGGAGGCAAGAGGCCCCCCAAACUCGGCCAGAUCGGCCGCAGCAAGAGAGUGGUGAUAGAAGACGAGCGGAUUGAAGCCGUUCUCAUGUCUGAGAAAGCUCCGCCUGCUGUUUAAUCUUCCCCGCCUCCACCCUUGAAGGAUCUUACCAUCCAACCUAACAACACCAUAAACUGGAUCUGCGGCUGCCAUCAACAACGUUACGACUCAUCCUAACCGGAUCAUCAAAGGACUUGUCCGUAGGGGAGGGGCUUAGGCCGGCGUUGGAAACAAUAAAGAGACGUGAAAUCCGAAAAAAGUGAACAUAGACAUUGACACUAAACUCCAUGCAGCAGCUGAACGUAUAAUGUCCACCUCCGUUCCUUAACAUGAUAUGAGGGGCAAUUCAAAAGAUUCCCCUACCCUUAUCCCUCCUCUCUAUCGAGUAUGAAUCCGGCACCAAAUUAACAAAGAUCCCAGAGAUUUUGGACCAGGCCAAUCACACCGUGGACGUUGCUACUUGUGGAUCAUAUCCUACUGACCUUGCUGAGAUGACGCUAGCCUCCCUCUUUUACCCGUCCGUGGAUGGCGGCUAUGGGAGGGGGUUACAGGUCAGUGGCCUCUGUUCAUACAGUAGGGAUAGAUCCAUGGCAUAGUCCAUCAAUGGCAGUUCUAAAA